AUGCAGGAGCUGGCUUCGAUCUCCUGCGUAGGGCCGCCGUCGCCAGACACUCGUACAACCGAUACCAUCGAAAAAGAGCGAGGCUCGGAGACGUCCGAGGGUGCCCCUCUUCCUCGCUGCGGGCUCGCCGGAAACCCACAAACCGAGGCUAGCCUUCACGUCUCGCUCUCCGUUGAAGACUCCGCUUCUUCGGUCCCCCUUGCCGCCCCUGUCCUCUCUCUACGUCUGACCGCCCUGCGAAGAAAAAGGAGAGUCUGGGGACAAACCGCGGCCGACGCCAACUGCCCAAUGGCCUCUCCGUCUUUUCCGACGUCAACCGCGGCUUCGGCUGUCGCGCGGGGUCUCCGGGCGAGGAGCGAUGGCCGCCAACAGCCGUCUCGCAGUUUCGCGGCGCAGAGCGCAAGGCGACAGCGCGCGCCGCAACCGGAAACUCGCGCACGUGCCUCCCCUUCCGCCUUCUCCCUUUCCGCAUCGAAUGCCUCGCCGCCCUCGGGGUUCCGGCCUCUGCCGACGCUUGCCCGAGGCGGAGGCCAAAGGCCAGCGAUCGGCGGACUCGCGGGCCUGCCAGAAAGCGUGCGGCCCCCGCCGUCUCCAUUCUUCCCUCAGCAGCCUGCGCCGUCUCCCAGUCCCCUUCCUUCCUCUGCUUCCGCCUCGGCGCCAGCAUCUCGUCCAGGUGACGCUGCGCCUCCUGUCUCUACAGUUCCCCACCAUGGGUUUGUCCCUCGGGCGCCCUCGGCCUUUGUAACUCCGUCUCCUCAUUCGUCUCCGUCUGCUCCUUUCCCGCCUCUGCCGCGCGGUGCUUCCGCUUCUUCGGCGCCUCCACCGUUGCCUGGCCCCUUUCCCGCGUCGCCUCUCUAUGGAGAGGGGGGACCGCGGGGUGCGCCUCAACGGCCCGUUCCUUCUAUGGCGGGCGGAGCGCCGAACAGAGUCCCUCCGUCUACGGGUCUUCCUACGUUUCCGUCUGCCUCUCCUUCUUCCCCGUCGCCGUCUCCCUCGCACCCGUCUUCCGCGCCUCUCGCCUUUGGCCCCUCUUCCGCAUGGCCACCGAGCAAGCGCGCAGAUCUCGGCCCGCCGUGCUUGACGUUCGAGGAUUCUCUCUUCUUCAGUCUCCUGUCCUUGAUCGAGUCUGUCGCGAUUCCACCGAGCCCAACUAGCGACAAGGCGCGGCGCCGCGGCGCCGGGCCACAGGCCUCCGACCGCGGUCGGAGGCCAGGAGAGGGCCUCCAGGCCCCAGACCCGGCUCACGCCAAGGUGCAAGAGCUUCUUCACACCAAACGCACCCUGCUCCUGCAACUCUAUGCCAUAGUCUACGGCGAACCGCAAACGUCUCGUCGAUCUUCCUCGCCUCCGUCCCUGUCUUCCGUGUACCUCCGACCCGCGCCCGCACAGGCAUCGCAGCUCGCGCGCGGCCCGCUUUCUGCAGCUGCACUGGCCUCUGUUUUGCCGGACUUUCGGCGGCUGCCGAGCGCAAAAACUCACAAACACUUGAUCGCGUUGACGGAAAAGUACAAGAAUGUCAGCGACCUCGGCCAAGAGCUCAGGCGCGACAACGCCCUCACUCCCCGUGUCUGGCUGUCUCUCUUUUACUCGCUCCAGGCCAUGGGCCCGAAGGACUCUUACGAUAAGCUCUAUCUUUUCUUUCUUCGAACGCUGUUGCCCACCUUCCCUCACUUUUUUGAGGCGCCCGGUUCCUCCGCUUUUCGCUCCUCGUCGCCAUCUUCCAAGACAGGGGAGAGGCCUGGGAGCGGAGAUGCAGCAGCGGCCGCAGCUGCGAACAGUGGCAAAGUGAACGAGAAGCAGAAAGCCAAGAACGCGAUCGACUUCGAACCCCUUUUCUUCCGGAUCGACUCUGAGUCCUUUCUCCCCCUCGUCGAAGCGCUAGCUCGUGCGCGCCUGCCCUACGCUUCUCUGUUUUGCCUGCAAGGGGCGCUGUCCCUUUGGGGCACGCGCCUCGUGAAGAACGAGGCCGACAUGCAGCAGGCGCUUCGCAUUCUACGCGGGAUCGCACUCAGUGUCGCUGACCAGAUAAAAUUCCCAGCGCAGGCUCCAAGGACGGAGAAACUCGCCUCUCCCGUCUCUCCUUCCUCUCCCGUCUCUCCUGCCUCUCCUGUCUCUCCUUCCUCUCCUGUCCUUCCUUCCUCUCCUGUCACUUCUUCCUCUCCUGUCCUUCCUUCCUCCCCAGCUUCUACCAGUACUGGAUCCAGCGCGUCGGCUUCUUCCACGUGGCGCUCACCGAGGACGCUCGACGAGCCUGUCACCGAGGAGGGCUUUGCGCGUGCGAGCUACGCCGUUGUGGCGGCUUGGCAGGAGCUGUGGCUGAUCUUCCAGCGUCUCCCAGACGUCCGGCCUUCUGCAAAAAUCUCCUUCUUUCUUCAGGCUCUCCCCUGGGCGGCGGCGAUGCAGCGCACGUGCGACGAGGUCUACGCCAACAUGCCGACCGACGUCGGGAACCUCGCAGCGCUCGCCUACAGCGCGCGCAUGCGCCAAACGUAUAUAUUCCGACAGCUUCAGCACUUGCAGGAAGACCGAAGAGGCACGAGCCAAGCACAGAGUGGAGAGCUGACCGGCGACGUUUCUUCUGCAGCAGCCAGUUCGAACAGCCCCGACGGCGCGUCGCUGCUUUCUGUCUAUCCAGACGCGCUGUACGUCUCCCUGCCGUCUCUCAAGGCCUCCCCACACGCCCCUCCGCCUCCGCUCGACUCCCGCGCGUCUCCGCGUGCCGACCGGCCUGCGGACUCUCUGUCUCCUACCGAGCUGUCGGCUUCGCCGUGGCAGGCGCGGGUCUUGGGUGCGCCGCCGCUUCUGCCGCCGUCUGGCUUGGGCGACGAGCGCGAAGGAGACUGGACGCAGGUCGCGAAGGGUCUGUGGGGAGGCAAGGGCCUUUUUGGAGACGGCGUCCAGUUUCUCCAGGCGUCUCACGAGCUCCUCUCCGACUGGUCGUUUCUCUGGGCCAUGCCCGGAGAGGCCGAGCCUGUCUGGCUCAAGCUCGCCGCGUUUGCCGCGCGCCUGCAUCGCGCUGACGCUCCGCGCUGUUCUCUGGAGGCUGAGCAGGGAGACAGACAAGCGGAGUUGGAGGGGGGCGAAGGCGCGGAGUCGCCGCUCUUCGAUGGCACACCCGCGGGCGCAGCGAACGAAGUCGGCAAAAACGCCUUCCGCUCGUGGGAAGUCCGCAUGCAGGCUGACCUGGAAGCCGGACUCGUCAAGCGCGCAGGCCUAUCUGCCUUCCACUUGCGAAACCACGCAUCUGUGCCUCUUUCCGCCGCGACUCCUCCGUCUGCUGGACACGCGGAGACGGCAGGCGGAAAUGUGGAGGACCCAGAGAGUGCAGAAUGGCUAUCUCUCCCUCGGACUCUCGUCGCCCUCGAACAUCUGUAUUGCCGCGCUGCACACGAGUUCUGUCGGGCGCCUCAGCAUGCAAUCGAGCAGUUCGUUCGCACUCGCCCUCGGGAUUUCAUUAUGCUCAUGUUCCAGAACCUCAUUCCUCGUCUUCCGCCUCUCCGGCAAGACGAACGCGACGACCGCGGCGUCCAUGUGGCAGCGCUGACCCUCCUCGCCGUUCGCUGGCGGUGGGUUUGUACAUGGACAUCGGACGGGAACCCGACCGCGACUGCUGGAGGCCUUAAUCGCGUCCUACCCCUGUCGCGUUUCGAGAACUUCAUGAAAGCGAUCAGUGUGCUUUACUCAGAGGCCCUCUACACCGCCCGUCUUCUCCAGCCCCACCAGCAGGAGCGAUAUCUCCUCCUCCAGCAGCUUCUGCGACACCUCGGAUACACUCCACAUAAUCGCAUAACCAUUCACCAGCUAGCCACUCACGGCGGGCCUCGAGCGGCUGCGAACGUCGUCUGCAUGCUGGCGGCAACGCGCGAGAUGCAUGCAGCAACAGGUCUUCGUCACGCGCUCUUCGAGGUGCUCUCUUCGCUCUUGUCGAACCUAUUUUGCAAGGGCAUUUUCUUCUGGCCGUCGCGUUCUCCUGGGCCGCCUUUCGUGCCGUAUCGUCUUGCUGACGCUUCGUCGUCCUCGCCCCUCGCCACGUCUCCCCGUCACCUGCCUCCCCCCUCUCCGCCUUCUGUCUCGUCUUCGCCUCCUUCUCAGCAGGCGGGAAACUUGGUUUUCGCGCCCAGUCCGGUCACGCUGCUGCCCUACCUCCAUCUGGUGGCGCUCGACACGUCCCAAUUGCGUUCUGUGAAUCCUCGCGUCUCUUAUCUUCGGCGCACCAUUCGGCUGUACCAAGUGCUGUUUGAGGCGUGUCUCCGCACCCCAGGGUUCAACGGCAUGGGGCCGCAACAGCUCAUCUCCCACUUUGCCUCCCGCCAAGUUGGAGAGACGGGGUCUCGCGGUCGUGCACCCUCCUCGACGCCCGUGAAUCCCAACUCUGGCCUUCCCGAGAGUCCGGACACCCCUCGCGUUUCGGCGUGCCUGCCUUCGCGUUCUUCCCUAGUUCCCUCGGGGUGCCUACCGGGUGAAACAAAAGCGGCACAGAUUUCUGCCUCGUCGGGGGAACAGGGGAGACGUGCGGCGAUGCCCAAAGUCUUGGCCGAAGGCGAAAAGGCGAGUGAGGAGAUGCAGGCAGAAGGAACGGUCACACUGUAUGGUUUGACGGAAGCGUCGGUUCACCGCUCUUGGGCCGUGCCGCUAGCCCAGCACGCCGACGUCGACCGCGCUCUGCAUCUUCCGCUGCUUCUGCCGCACCUUUUAAACAUCUGGAAGGAAAAGCUCCAUGCGCGGCGCUACAGCGCUCUGCGGAGUACGCUCUUCCGGUCCACUCAGCAAAGCGCAGAGGCUGCCGACAAAACUGAGGGAGAAACGCGACAGACAGGCGAAGCCACCGAGGACGACCUGGAGGGCGGCACUGCGGAAGGCAGGGAAGAGACCGCCCGCGGGCCAGGUCCCGCCGGCACAAAGCCGGUCUCCCCCGAGCUCGCUGUCUCCACGCUGGUUCUCUUCCUUUGUCGAGCGGCAGGGAUUCCGUUGCCUGCGCACCUGAGGGGGGUAGACGAACUUCAGGCGGCUGCUGCGACGCACGGCGACAGCGAGGCAGGAGGGAACCAGGAAACGAGGGGGAGGACUGGGCAGAAGCAGGAAGGGCCGGGGCAAGGAGAGGCUGUGGGGCCGAGAUGGGAAGUUCCUCCCCAGCACGCCUCGCGGCAGCGAGGCCUUGGCCACGAGAAGGAAGGGGGAGAGCAAGAAGCGCUCCAGAGCGAAGAGGCUGAGGCUUCGCCAAGCGAGGGAAACGAAGGAACGAGCGGCACGUGCACACCUAAAGCUGAACAGGAACAGGAAGCCCGGAGAGUCGACCCGACCGGGGAGACGGACGACGCAGUGCAGGCGGCGAAGGCCACAGAGGAUUCCGAAUUUGCAGCGCUGCAGUUGGAGGAUGAAGGCGACCUAGCUCUCUCUUCUCUCACAUUCGACGCCGACGGGAACCUCUUCAUUUCGGAGGAAAAAAGCGGCGAGGCUGCGACCGCGAGAGAGCGCAGCCAGCCGGAGAGCACGAAACCCGCGACGGCAGGAGACGGAGAAAAGCUCCAUUCUGGACAAGGCAGUGUCUCUGCACCCUCUUCGCACGAUAUGUGUCGAGCCGAGGAAGAGGCAAAAGGGAUGGAGAUGGGAGCGGACCCAGAAGUCGCCGGGGCCUUGGAUUCGUCUCGCUUUGCAGAGCCGCUGCGACAUCUGACCCUCACGACCUUGGCGACAGGAAUGACGGUUGUCGAUGAAGAGCUGCAGUGUUUGAACGAGGUGAUAAACCGUCUCAAUGCCAAGUUCGGGUCUUCCGUCUCUUCCCCAGCUACGGCAGAGACGAUCGAAAAGGAUGCUUUUCUGUCAGCGUGCUUCCAUCCUUUCCCCUCCAUUGCUGCGUACCAGACAGCUCUCUCGUCGCUUUACGACGCGUUUGACCUCUUGUUCGUGGAAAAACUGUCUUCUGCGUCGGUCCCCGAGCUUCAGUUUCUGGCGCUAAACACUCGACGCGUCAUCAAACUGCCGCACUACCUUCCUUUCCCCGCGCGGGAAGACGCCCGCAGCCAAUUGGGGUCUUCCGCUGAGAGCCUGGCACCCCCUGUCGCCGAGGCCGGAGCGAGCGGCAGUCCAUGGAGAGACAGUGAGCGAGAGGCGGGGGCCGCGGCGGAAGGAAGAGAAGAGAACGGCGCCGACCGGGGCAGAGAGCCAGGGCUAGAGCUCGAUGAAGAAGAGGAACCGAGCGCGAGGAGGGGGACAAAGCGGGCCGAGCCGCAACUCGUCCACUCCCGCCGGUGGGAAGAGGCGAUGAAAGACAGACGCGAAUUCUUCUACGGCUCUCUGAUGCAGGCGCUUGUGUUGCGCCUUACGAAACUCAAUUCGUCCCUGCGUAGGUUUUUCGCACGGGCUUCUGCUGGGGAGUUGCCGUCGGCGGAGGCAAAGGCGGAGCAGACGGACGCGGCGACGGGAGGAAAGGAAGCGAUGAGAAGUCAGGCGCAGGAGGCCGUGUCGCUCUUCGAACUCCUUCUGCACAUGCUCGCGGGCUCGCCUCUUCCUGUUCAGCGUGAGUUGCUGUUUCUUCUGCUGCAACGGACAGACGGCAGCGCCGACCACGACCCCGAAGCCGGAAGGACGGAGCAGGACGCGACUUCUGUGGCCGAUCAGUCGGAUCUGACCCUCGCGUCUCCGUCUCACCUCGGGGGGACUGCGGCCGACUCCGCGGCAGACCACAAGAGUGGUCUCUCCGAGGAAAUGGAGAGACAGGACUUGCUGGUUCACCUUUCAAAGCCGUUUGAACUGCUCUGCAACGCAGUGCCCACCCUUUCAGAUUGUCAGCUCUUCCGUCUUGUUCUCGCGGUUGCCCGCCUAGAUCUUCUCGGGUGUCUCUUUCCCACAGACGAAGAGAAGGCCUGGCGAGGGUCGGCUCUCUCGUAUCCUGCGCCUUCCGCGGCUGCUUCCCCGCUGACUUGUCCUGUCUUUUUCGCUGCCUCGCCUCUUGCUGCGGCCUCGCUCACAGCCGAGAGACAGAGGCUGCUCGGGCCACAUACCCCGCAAGCAGAAGGCGGACAGGGUAACGGCGGGGACGGCUCUCCGAGCUCGAACAGCCUUCGAAACCUCCACGGGUCCUCUCCUGCCCUCAGUGCGGACUCGAUCCAGCUUCAUCUCCUUCUGGCGCCGGAGCUGGAAAGAAAAGAAGGCGUCGACGACCCAAGGGAAACCGUGAAGCAGGGAACGGAUGGAGACAAUAGGGAGCUUCGCAAGGAGACGAGGGAGACACCCGAAAGAAGACGAGAAGAGCAAAGCGACAGGCUGCAGCGGGAGUGGAGAGAAGAAAAACGACGUGCGGCGACGCACUUGCAGAGGGCUCUCGAGGGCUCUCUCAGGGCGAAGCUCGCCUACGGCUGGGAAACUCUUUCCUUCUCGGAAGCGACAGGACUUCUCUGGGCGUUGACAGUCAUGCCAGAGCCAAAAAUGGAUCUUCUCGUACUUCUCUUCGACAGAAUUGAAUCUUUUUUCAACGUGGUCCUGCAAGAGCAACGAGUUAUCGAGCAACCCGCGGAUCUUCCUAACCACAUCCCUUUCCUCACGUCGGGGCCGAUCUACCGAUUUCUUGCUACACAGACACCUGUUGAUUCGACGCGCUUGAGAGCUGCAUGCGUCUCUCUUCUGCAUGAAGGGGAUAGCUCGGUGGUGUCGUCUCUGCAAGCUCGUUUCCCUCUCUGUUGGGUUGCGCUGGAGGUGCUGUCGUCGACGCGCUUCCACCAGGAAAGGAGCAUUUUUUCGGACGCCUUCGCGGCAUCCGGUUCUGGGAAAGCUCCAUACGAAGGUGACCAUGGGACUGAGUCGGAAGACGAAACCGAGGGACAGUCAAGGAAAACGAGCCUGCGUGCUAACUCGGUUGUUUCACCACUUGCGCAGUCCGUCAUACGCAUGGCACAAAUGAAGCACGGACUGUCCCUCUUAUGGGCAACAGAUUUCCAGAUUCCAGGACUUCCCUUUUAUUUUGAUUUAGCUCUUCCGAAAGAGCGCGUCGUCUUCCUCCUCGGAUCGCACUGCGCAUCUGUGGCUCUCGCAGAAGACGCAGAUGCUUUUGAUCCCCUUUCUUGCAUUAGCGGACUCGAGCCUGAUCUCGUUGUUGCUGUUCCUACGCUUCCUCUGGUCGUUCAACGGCGGGGGGCGAGCGCAGACGGGGUAGGGGAAGCACGCCAUUUGGGAGAAGAACGAGACUUCGACUGGGAGCUCUCAGAAUGCGUCGUGGGGCCACCACGAUCAGGAAUUAACGAGAUUGGAGAACAAAAACAGAAGUUUAGGGAUGCUGGCUCCUGUGGAGGGCGGCGGCUCAUUAGACGGCUCACCGAAAAGGCAGGAUACAGGCUGAUCGAGAUUGAUACGCCCGACGCCGCCCAGGUGGAUGCUGCCUUAAACUGCGUGCUCAGCUCGCCAUCUGGUGAACACGUAUCAUGA